UGCGUUGUCACUAUUCUACUCUAAGCGACUUCAACGUUUUCCUCUGUCAUGCAGUUGAAAUUUCUAGUCUUGGUGCUCGACCUUCUCGCCGUUUACAGCACGAAAUUUUGCGUUGACGCAGCCCAAGACUACUGUACCAGUAAUGUAGAGAGUGCUUCGGCCACGACACGCCUGAAGAAAAGGUUGCUUUGCGAUUACGAUCCCACUGUUCCUCCCGGAAAUCCUGGUGAAUCAACCGAAGUCCAGCUCUCUCUGCAGCCAAAAUUCAUCGAUUUCGACGAAAGCUCAAAUACUAUGGUAUUUCACGCUUGGUUGGGAAUGUUGUGGCAAGACACAAGACUGAAAUGGUCCGAUGAAGACUUACCCAUACUUCACGUAUCGAGCGACGAAAUUUGGGUCCCACCUAUAGCUCAUUACAACUCCGCGGGAGGGAGCAGGGGCCCCAAUGGAAUACCGAAAUCGGAGUGUCUGAUGUUUUCUGAUGAGCUGACGGUUUGUGUAGCAGGCUUAAAGUAUGUUUCAAACUGCGUCACGGAUUACCGGAACUGGCCCUUCGACAGACACAAGUGUACAAUAGUUCUUGCUUCCUGGGCUUAUAAGGCGGAGGAAAUAAAUUACAGCGCUUUCAAUAAUUGGGGCAUCUUUCCGGAACUAGGCGUAUUCGGUUUUACACCCAACGCCCAAUGGAAGCUCCUGUUACUUGAGCAUACUCAGGUAGAAGAUGGGAUCGCUGAGGGUUACACAUUUCCAACGAUCAUAUACACCGUCGUUCUUGAACGGAACUCAGACUCCAUGCGAGCCGUCAUUUUAGCGCCUGCAAUUCUGCUAGUCGUACUGACUUUAACGGUGCUCUGGUUGGACCCGAUUUCCGUUGAGCGAUCGGUAGUGGCAGUCCUCAACUUGAUUUGCAAUCUAAUCUGUGUCAUGAACUUGAACGAGCAGGUCCCUUUCAACGGUUCGACCACACCCUCGAUAUUGGUAUUUCAUCAGGGUUCCAUAGUUAUUGCCAGCCUUGCUCUACUCCUGACGAUUCUCCUGCGUCAAAUGAUGAAAUUGUCGGUUUCCGCUCCUGACUGGUUGGCAUCGGCUGCCUCCUCAAUCCUGGCGAGCAGGGCUGGACAAUUGAUCCUACUUACAACUUUGGACCCGAAAGCUGCUGCGGCUGUCAGAGCAGACGAAGAAAAUGCUGGAUUGACGACCUCGAGUGAUUCUUCGAUUAAAAUUAAGUCCGGAAGCACCAACGUUUGGCGGCAUUUAGCCGCUCUACUAGAUCGUCUGGCUUUCGCCACUGUCUUACUUACAUAUCUCAUUAUGAUAAUUGUUCUCACACCUAGGAACGACGUCUUUGAGGUACCCGAUGUGCCUUCGUUUGAUUUCCGGUUCUAGCGAAGUACUUUGUCUUUAUAAGGUCUGCAGGCAGUGCGAAAUGGACGCCGACAGCGACGAGUUAAACAGGAUCAAGGUUUUGCGGUGAUAACCUUGAACCGAAAAAUUUUCGUUCGACAUAACUUGAUGAUAUUUUGAAUGAGUAUCGAAGGAAUGUUGACCCUUUGAUCAGUCGUUUACUUACGUUCUACGGAUGAUAAAAUAUUCCAGAUUUCCAAAUUUUUCACACGUAUUGCAGAAAUCGCAAAGGACUUUCAUCCGACGAUAGAUCAUUUUACAAAUGUCAAGUGUACAAAACGUUCACCACCUACAAUUUGGGACUAAAAAACGUCAUUUUAAUUCAUGUAGGGGAGAUGUUUCUCUACCGCACGAAUUGAUGCUUGCAAAUACGUUGAGACCGGAAAUGAAUCUUAAGAUAAUCGUGAUGAAUUUAUGUGAGAAGAAUUGACAGACCGUCGAUCACAAUAUGUAAU